UUUCUCAAUAACUUUCAAACACUUGUCAAAUCCAUUUCUUCUUCUUCUUCUUCUUAUCUCAACUCAACUUUUUCUCAGUCACAAAAAUGCCGAAAGAUAGAACCAUCGGUAUAGCUUUGGAUUUCUCCAAAAGCAGCAAGAAUGCUCUCAAAUGGGCUCUUGAAAAUUUAGCUGACAAAGGUGACAACAUUUAUGUCAUCCACAUCAGCCAAGAGAAUCUCGAUGAGUCUCGCAACCAGCUCUGGUCCAAAUCCGGUUCUCCUUUGAUUCCUUUGAAGGAGUUUAGAGAACCUGAGAUCAUGAAUAAGUAUGGUGUUCAAAUUGAUGUUGAGGUUCUUGAUUUGCUUGACACUUUUUCAAGACAAAAAGAGGUGAAUAUUGUUACAAAAGUGUAUUGGGGUGAUGCAAGAGAGAAACUUCUUGAUGCUGUUGAAGAUCUGAAGCUGGAUUCUCUGGUUAUGGGAAGCAGGGGUCUCAGCACAAUUCAAAGGAUCAUAAUGGGAAGUGUAAGCAACUUUGUGAUGACUAAUGCUCCUUGCCCUGUGACUAUUGUCAAGGAUAACAUCAGCACCAGCAGCAAGUAAAGACGAACAAUUUGCGAUGGCAUUAAGUAUGGAAUGUUCUGUUUCUUGCAUUGUACUUGAACUCUUGUCGAUCAUCUUCUGUUUCCUUAUUUCAGAUUAUAUUAUGACUAUAUAUCUAUCUGGUUUACUUUGUUGAAAGAAUAAUAAUGUAGUUUUAGUUUUAUCA